ACAAUUACAACAACAACAACAACUAUACCUUCUCUAAACCAUAUUUUCUCUCACCUCACUUCAAACUCUUGACUAAUUAAUCUUAAUUAGCUUUGACUACAUUUCUUCUUCAUUUUAUCAACCAUGGAAAACACAACACUAGCAUUCAUACUUUCCAUUUCAUUUGUAUGCUUUCAUGUAAUUCGAUCAUUCAUUAGCAAAGCUAGAUCAAAGUCUAGCAAACUCCCACCGGGGCCGAAAAGAAUGCCGAUUUUUGGCAACAUUUUCGACCUCGGAGAAAAGCCUCACCGAUCAUUUGCCAAUCUUUCUAAGAUUCACGGGCCUUUAAUAAGCCUUAAGUUAGGAAGCAUCACAACUAUUGUUGUGUCUUCUGCUGACGUGGCAAAAGAAAUGUUCCUUAAAAACGACCAGGCGCUGGCUAACCGAACCAUUCCUGAUUCUGUUAGGGCAGGGGACCACGACAAACUGUCAAUAUCGUGGUUGCCAGUGUCAGCGAAAUGGAGGAAUCUUAGAAAGAUAUCCGCCGUGCAACUUCUCUCCAACCAACGACUUGACGCUAGUCAAGCCCAUAGACAAGCCAAGGUGGAACAACUUCUUACAUACGUAAAAGAUCGCUCUAAAAAAGGGCUACCUGUUGACAUCGGGCGGGCCGCAUUUACCACAUCGUUGAAUUUACUAUCAAACACAUUUUUCUCAGUUGAAUUGGCUAGCCAUGAGUCAAGUGCUUCCCAAGAGUUUAAGCAACUCAUGUGGAAUAUAAUGGAGGAAAUUGGCAAACCAAAUUACGCAGAUUAUUUCCCUAUUCUUGGCUACGUUGAUCCCUUUGGUAUACGACGUCGUUUGGCUGCUUACUUUGAUCAACUCAUUGCUGUAUUCCAAGACAUUAUUCAAAAAAGGCAGAAAAUUCGAUCAACAAAUGGUGCAAAACAAACAAAUGAUAUUCUCGACACACUUCUCAACCUCCACGAAGAGAAUGAGUUGAGUAUGGGAGAAAUUAAUCAUCUUCUUGUGGACAUAUUUGAUGCAGGAACAGACACUACCGCUAGCACAUUAGAGUGGGCAAUGGCCGAACUAGUAAGAAACCCAGAAAUGAUGACCAAAGUUCAAAACGAAAUUGAACAAGCCAUUGGAAAAAAUUGUGCAACAAUUCAAGAAUCAGAUAUCCCAAAACUACCUUACUUACAAGCCAUUAUCAAGGAAACUUUACGUUUGCACCCUCCAACCGUAUUUCUAUUACCUCGAAAGGCAGACGUUGAUGUAGAAUUAUAUGGUUAUGUGGUACCAAAAAAUGCACAAGUUUUAGUCAAUCUUUGGGCAAUUGGUCGUGAUCCAAAGGUAUGGAAGAAUUCUGAAGUGUUUUCGCCUGAGAGGUUUUUAGACUGUGAUAUUGACUAUAAGGGACGCGAUUUUGAGCUCCUGCCCUUUGGGGCUGGAAGAAGGAUAUGUCCCGGAUUAACUUUGGCUUACAGAAUGUUGAACUUAAUGAUGGGUAAUUUUCUUCACUCCUUUGAUUGGAAGCUUGAAGAUGGCAUGAGUCCAAAAGAUUUGGACAUGGAUGAGAAAUUUGGUAUCACAUUACAGAAGGUUAAGCCUCUCCAAGUUAUUCCUGUCCCUAAGAAAUAAUUAAUUGUAUUUUUUUUAUAAUGUUUUGUUUUAUAAUUUUUAUUGCGGAGGAUACCUUUUUUUUUUUUUUUUUUUUGGAACGAGUUGAUAGUGAUGUACGUAAGCGACUACGUUGUACUCCCUUAUUAUAUUCAUCAAUGUUGAGGCUUUGUGAGUUAUAAUAUUCUAGCUUGUGCCAAUUUUACACU